AUGGCGAUUCAAGCUUCCGAGCCCGCUCGUAACCCGAAUUCGAGCCCAAGAUCCGCCCCAAACAGACACUCCACAAAAACCCCCAAUUCCCAAACACAGAAACCAUCCUCUUCCUCUUCACAGUCCAACACGCAGCCAGCGCCUCUCUCUGACCCGUUCCGCAGCCGCUCCUCAGCCACAUCCUCCUCGUCGUCGUCCUCCUACCGGCUGGACACCUCCGUCGCUACCAAUUCCGUCGCCAGCCGCGCCUCCCUGUCCAGCCUCCGCGACACCCUCCCAGAGAGCACGCAAAUCUACGACUUCUCCGAGAUCCGCGCCGCCACCAAUAACUUCCUCGCGAAGCGCCUCUCCGCCUCCUCCCAGUCGUGGCGUUGUUCCCUCAACGGCAAGGACGCCGCCGUCUUCCAGAGGAAGCUCCGGAAAUCCGUGUCCGAAUCGGACGUCCUGCAGAAGCUCGCCGUCAUCAGCCGGAGUCACUUCACGAGCAUCGUGAAGCUCCUCGGCGUCUCGAUCUCCGGCGAGCACAUCUACCUCGCCUAUGAAUUCGUCCGCGGGUCGGAUCUGGAGUCGUGCCUGCGGAACAAACUGAACCCUAAUUUCACGGUUCUCUCCAAUUGGAUGUCUCGCAUUCAGAUCGCGACCGAUGUGGCCCACGGCCUCGACUACAUCCACAGCACGGCGGGGCUGGGCAUCGACAUGGUCCACAAGCACGUCAAGAGCAGCGGCAUCCUCGUGGCGGACCCAUCGCUCAACGCCCGGAUCUGCCACUUCGGGGCCGCGGAGCUCUGCGGCGAGACGGAGGGGGGCGGGGCGGAGCUCGACGGGGUGAGGGGGUACAUGUCGCCGGAGUUCAGGGUCAGCGGACUGGCCACGCAGAAAUCGGACGUGUACGCGUUCGGGGUGGUGAUUCUGGAACUGAUGACCGGACAGGAGCCGGUGAGGUACAGGUUCGACCGGAGCAGCGGGAAUCAGAGGCUGAUCUCGGUGAUUGAGACAGCAAGGGAGGCGGUGGGCGGUGGGGAACGAGAGGAGCAGACGGCGGCGGUGGAGGGAAGGUUGAGGCGGUGGGUGGAUAAGAGGCUGGGGGAUUCGUUUCCGGUGGAGGUGGCGGAGAGGAUGGUGCGGGUGGCGCUGCAGUGCGUGCAGGAAGAUCCGGAUAAACGACCCGAAAUGAAAUGGGUCGCGGGUAAGAUAUCCAAGCUUUAUUUGGCGUCUAAGGUUUGGGCUGAUAGAGUAAAGGUUCCCACGGAAAUUUCUGUUUCCUUGGCUCCCAGAUAG